AUGGGAAGGAUGAGUAAUGUGACAGAAUUCAUCCUCCUAGGCCUGACCCAGAAUCCUGAACUGCAGAAAUUCUUGUUCGUUGUGAUUUUAUUUAUCUACCUGAUCACAUUGGCAGGUAACCUGCUCAUCUCAGUCACCAUUUUCAUUAGCCCUGCCCUGGGUUCUCCCAUGUAUUUUUUCCUGUCCUAUCUGUCCAUUAUAGAUGGUUUCUAUUCUUCUUCCAUAGCACCCAAAAUGAUCUUUGACUUGAUCUCUGAAAAGAACACCAUAUCCUUCAGUGGAUGCAUGACUCAGCUCUUUGCUGAACAUUUCUUUGCUGCGGCUGAGAUUAUCUUGUUAAUUGCCAUGGCCUAUGACCGCUACGUGGCCAUCUGUAAGCCCUUGCACUAUGUGACCAUCAUGAGCCAAUCUGUGUGUGGAUUUUUGGUGGGAGUGGCUGGAGUUCUGGGGGUUGUUCAUGGAGGGAUUCAAAUUUUGUUCAUGGUCCAGUUACCAUUCUGUGGCCCCAAUGUCAUCGAUCACUUUAUGUGUGAUUUGAUACCUCUCCUGGAGCUGGCUUGCACAGAUACUCACAUUUUAGGGCCCCUGAUUGCCGCUAACAGUGGGUCCCUGUGUUUUCUUGUUUUUUCUAUGCUGGUUACCUCCUAUGUCAUCAUCUUGCACUCCCUGAGGACUCGAAGCUCUGAAGGGCGUCGCAAAGCCCUUUCUACCUGUGCCUCUCAUAUCACUGUUGUUAUCUUAUUCUUUGUACCCUGUUCAUACUUGUACUUAAGACCCAUGACCUCCUUCCCCACUGACAAAGCUGUGACUGUGUUUUGUACCCUAGUAACACCUAUGUUGAACCCUUUAAUCUACACCCUCAGAAAUGAAGAAGUAAAAAGUGUCAUGAAGAAACUCUGGGGCCAAAUAAUGAAAAGUGAUGAUAAGUAA